GUAAUAAAAGAACGAUGGACGAGUUGAGAAAUAUAGCAAAGGACUACAUAGAAGAUGCCGAUGAAGAUCCUUCAUUCAUGGCUUUGGUGCUUGCAGUUUUCUGUUCCAUGAGCGAAAACGGAAACGGAUCAGUGACUUACGAGGGCUUCCAUUCGUACAUGUUGAUUUCUGGCUUUUCAAGAAUCAACCAUCGGAUCUUCUUCGAGCAACUGGAUCGGGAUGGAGACCAUAAGCUCGAUCUGCUGGAUGUCGCUACUUUCUGCUUAUUAUGCUUCGGAGGGAGGCCGAUAUGUGCAGGAUGCAGUAGCUUUGUCCCGGGAGACCAGUAUCUCACAUGCUUGGCCUGCUUCCUCGAUAGCAAUACCCCGUUCAAUCUCUGCCCUACCUGUCACUACAACAUCAGGCAGCACCUUGACCAUGACCACCUUGAUGACUACAUCGACAACUUUGCCAUGAUCGAAUUGUUGAGGUACAAGGCGAUCGCCACAAAAAAGCAUGUCACAAACGCAGAGAUGGAACCCUCUAUGUCCCGUGAAAUUGCCCAGAUCAACUCCGUCACUGGCUCAUCCACUGCAAUAGCUCCAGCCCGUGAACGACCUCAGAAGUUUCACUGGAGAGACGGAUUCACCCUGGCUCAGCUUGGGAUUGCUCUAGCGAAUGUUAUAAUCGCCAUCUGUAGCCUUCUCUGAGGUUUAUAUAUACAUGUACGAAUGACCAAACUUCAUAAGGUUCCAUUUUUUUUUUGUUUAUGUUUGGUAAUAGUUUAUCAAAAAGAGAAUGUAAGGUGCGUAUCUCUUCAUAAAUAUCGAUUAGGUCGGAAAGAUCGACCAACAAUAUAUAUAUGGAGCAACUGUAGAGUUCUGCUGAUCCCAAAAUGACCCACGAAGUUAGGGUUGUAGAAGUACUCCUACAACGUCCCUAACUUCGUGUAUGCUUUUACUAUGUACCAGUAAUAGAUCCGCGCUUCACUGCGGACUAUAUCAAUUUUUUCUUUUUAGCUUAAACCUGAUUUAAUGUACACUGUACUAUAUAUCUGAAACGCAAGAUCA